UGCCUCGCGACGAUUCGCGCCAGUAGACCCUGGGCGAAUCCGUCUCGAACAGGGUGUCGUAGACGUCGCGAGCGACGGCUCCGCGACCGCAACGAGAAAAUCUCGCAACUCCCCACCGAGGAGAGGGCUGGCCGAGCCCCGCAGUCCGCCGCCGACCGACCGACCGACCGACCGACCGACCGCACGACCGCACGCACGGAAUUCGAACGCACGGAAAAUCGCUGCACGCAAUAUCGUGCGAAAUGAGAAGAAUAUCGCGUAGCGUGGUAACGAUCUGCAGAGAGAGCGUGACCGGUAUCGCGGAGGUAACGUUCGCCGGAUUGUAAAGUGGGGGAAUAAAAAAAAGAAAUCAACCGAGCGAGUCGUGCCGACGAUGUAAACCUGGUGCUUAUUUUGCUUUUUGCUUCGUUCCCUCGUCGUCUCUCGAGCGAAAAAAAAAGUUCGGUAAUAUUGUUACCGGCUCAGCGGACGUUUCCGUAUUUUUGGAACUUACUUCUUUCUUCACCUACUUGUACAUUUCUUAUUGCCGCCUCGUAUCUUCCCGCAAGUGUUAACCCCUAAGCGGCAGGCUGUUGCUCGUUCGGGGUGGGGGGAGGGAGGGGGAGGAGGAAAUCGGAAUUGGACUUUGCCGAGGGGUUUUGUUGGGCGAAAAUUUGAACGACCAACUUUUGGAUACAACAACAACAACAACAACAACAACAACAACAACAACAACAAAGACGACUGUGUAAGCGGAAGGGACGAUCCGGAGAAUUUUUGUAUGCUUCGAGUCGACAAAAUCGUUACCUUAUGAGGAGUGAGAAAGAGGAGGAGCUGAGAAUAUAUGAGAUUUAACAGAAAAAAAAAAUUAAAUAAAAUAAAAUAAUGUGAUCAAGUUCGUGGAUUUGAUAUAUAGGUAGAUAAUUAUAUUGACGUAUAUUUCUAUAGCCUGCGUGGAAUUAAGAGGCGUCAUAGAGCGUUAUCCGAUUUCGAUAAUUUAUCAAUUUGUUAAGUUUUUAAUUGAAUUGAAUAUAAAUGGAGAGACGGAUUUUGCACGAUUAUACGGAGUGUGAAUAAUAUAAACUAGCAACGUUCGAUGUACACCGUGCUAUGCAAACUAACAGGCGAUACCGAUAAUUGGAGUAAAAGUCGACGUGGGAAAAUAGAAUUGGAAAACUAUAUAUACACACAACGUGACACACUCGGAUUCGAGGAUACGGGGGUUGAACUGGGGUGAAAAAUAUCCCCGGGAGUCGGAUGUGCAGAAACUCCGAUCUGAAGUACACAGGCGAUACACGAGUACGUAUCGCACCGGGAAAGUAGAAGAAGAAUAAGAAUAAUAAAAAGAAUAAGAAGAAGAAGAAGAAGAAGAGGAGAAAAUAGAAGAACAAAGAAAAAGAGAGUACAGGGGUGAUUCGCAAAGUUACCGGAUAUGCGUUACCUUCCCCAGGGGCACUCGUAGCAAAUUGAAACAGGAAUUGAUAAGAUACGUCCACGAUGGACUUCCCCAGAUGACAGAUUAAACCCCCCCUCUCCUCCCUCCUUAGGCCCCCACCCCGAUUCCCAUUACCCGAGGAAAUAGGCGCAAGGGCGACACAAACACCCGAGGGAAUUUCAAAAUAACGAUCCUCGGGAAAGGGGCUGAAGAAAAGAUAUCGUGGCCGAGUCGCGCGUUACACCUCCCAUUAAAAUAAAUGAUACUACCGCGAGCAUCGGAUUGAUAAAAAUCAGAUGACUGGCGAAUCUCGCGUCGCUCCGAACUACCGUGAAUCGUCGAAGAACCCGUCGUCGGAGACACCGGCGUUCGGAGUCCCGCGAAAUGGACUUGAACCUGAAACCGGCGUAUGAUCAGCGCGGUGUGACAAUCCGUCGUGAAAGUUCCCUAUCGUUUUAUCGUUCCUCCGAAGACGUGAGCCGACCAAGGAAUUACCAUCGCCGCCAGAGCAAAUACCCGGCGUACCAUCAGCGCGCGACUAUUCCGUACGACGCUACGCGCCGGCGGGGGGGCAUCCUCCGGUCGUCCCGAGGUUACCCUGCACGGAGGGCCUGCUGCCGGGCCCAAAACAGAUGCGGGUCCAGGGGAGGCUGACCCGCGGCGGCGUGACGCGAUGCGGACGCCCCCCGCCCGCGGCGGCGGCUCCGCGCGGGGGUCCGGGCCCCUGGACACCGUCGGGAGGAGGGACGCCCCCCCGGCGAGGGGCCGCGGGGGACGGGGGCCGCUGCUGGUCCUCGGGGCCCUCGGGGUCCUCGCCAUUUUUCAGACAGCUCUGCUCGGCAGCGCGGCGGCGCUCGCCGAGGGACAGAAGUACGGCACGAGGGUGGUCAGGACCAGAUACGGCGCCCUGCGCGGCAUCGUCGCGAGGGUCGCCGCCAUCGAGGCCUACCUCGGCGUGCCCUACGCCACCCCCCCCGUCGGGGCGCUCCGCUACAUGCCGCCGGUCACACCGACGCCCUGGAGGGGCACGAGGCUCGCCGAUUCCGUGCCCCCCGCCUGCCCCCAGAGACCGCCGAAGCCGGAGGACGCUCAGUCCGCGCAACGGAAGGCCUACCUUCAGAAAAUAACCCCCAUCCUCACCAAUCACAGCGAAGACUGCCUCUACUUGAACCUCUACGUUCCGAGGGCCACCCACGGAAAUCCGACGGAACUAUUGCCGGCCCUGCUUCUCAUACACGGCGAUUCCUAUUCGUGGGGUGCUGGAAAUUCGUUGGACGGUACCGCGUUGGCCACUCACGGCCGGGUAGUCGUCGUCUCCAUAAACUUUCGACUCGGUGUUCUCGGAUUCCUGAAGACGGGUUCGAAGGGUAGCGCCCAGGGUAACUUCGGGCUGAUGGAUCUGGUGGCGGGUCUCCAUUGGCUGCGCGAAAACCUUGCCGCUUUCGGGGGUGACCCGGAGAGAAUAACGUUGCUCGGACACGGGACGGGAGCCGCCUUGGCCAAUCUUUUGGCAGUUUCACCGAUGGCCAGCGAUCUGGUGCAGCGGGUGGUGCUUCUGGGUGGUUCGGCACUGUCGUCGUGGGCGAUACAACGUGAUCCUUUAUCGGUGAAACGACGCGUUGCCGAGCAAAUUGGUUGUUCCGGUGACGUAGAGACGGACGACAUAGCGCCGUGUCUGCGACUUCGAUCGUUGGAACAGCUUCUCAACGUUAGACUGGAUCCACCGAGAUUUACAUCGGGAUUUGCGCCGUUCGUGGACGGCGCUGUGUUGCCGAUCACAGCCCACCAGGUCUUCCAGCCGACAGCCGCGUCGUCGGGUCUGAUUUCCGUCAUACCGGGACCCGGUGCUGAGUACGCGGCCUUCGGCCAACGCGAUUUACUCAUGGGAUUAACUUCGGGUGAAGCUUGGCUGGACUUCACGGACGAAGAUUUUCAGAACGGUUUGAACGAGACGCGCAGGGACCGGAUACUGCGUACCUACGUGAGAAACACGUACCGCUAUCAUCUCCACGAGAUAUAUUCCACGCUGCGCAACGAGUACACGGAUUGGGAAAGGGGUGAACAGAGUCCCGCGGUUAUUUGCGAGGGUCUCCUCUCGCUCCUCGGAGACGGUCAGGUGGCGGCGCCGCUCCUGAGGUUGGCUUUGCUCCAUUCUUCGGCCGGCGGUCGGGGAUACUUUUUUCAUUUUCAACCGGGGGAACGGCUCAGUCUGAAGGGCGACGAGACCCCCUAUCUGCUCGGUAUACCCCUGCUCAGGGGCGAGGCGACCGCCUCCGCAUCGGCGACGAGAAACAAUUUCACCACUGCCGACGAAAGUUUGUCCGGACUGCUGGUCCACUACCUCGCCAACUUCAUCCGACGAGGAGACCCGAACGGCGCCAGUCCACCGAAUUCCGCGGAGACGCUGCUGACGUCGAGUCCGCCAUUUUGGGACUCUUACGACUCCAUAAACCAACUGUACUUGGAGGCGAACUCGCACCUAACGGAAAUGCGCUCGCACUACCGGGGGCACAAAAUGUCCCUGUGGCUGAACCUUCUACCCCAACUUCAUCGGCCCGGCUACGAGAUCAGCAUGCGCCAUCAUCAUCUCUCGGAGAGCCCCGGCCUUUACGAGGGCGCGGUGCGACCGCAGAGCAUGGCCAUGCCGAUCCCAGCGCCCCCGCUUCCCAUGCCACUGCCCACGCAGCCCUCGAUGUCGUCGAACGCGAUCGCGACUACCGAUUGCACGCCGAACAUUUCCAACAAUCUGCCGGCAACGACGCCCCGCGUCUCCUCUCAGCACCCGAAUUUGGGACCCGCGCCCAACAACCUCCUCCGCAAACUCGUGUCCAGUCAUUAUCAGAGCUACACGACUGCCCUGACGGUGACCAUAGCCGUCGGUAUAUUCCUGUUGCUGUUGAACAUACUGAUAUUCGCCGGCAUUUAUCAUCAACGCGACAGGAACGCCACGUUAUCCGCCUUCGGCGACAAAAAGAAGGAGGAACUUUUGGAGGCCGGAUGCUCGGGAAUCGAGGGCGGAGGAUCCGGCGGUAAACAGAGACUGGUGAUGGACCUGCCCGACUCGCCGCCCUCGAGUCCGCCGCCCCACAAAGCUAAACUCGUCCAGGAACUGGAACUUCAACUGCAGGAAUUUCAGUGCUCCCCGCCGCCCGGCGGGGGCAAGAGGAUAUCGGAACCACCGUCGUACUGCAGGAGUCCGUGUUCCACCAGAGCUCAUACCCCACAGUGCGACGAGGCCAACGACGAUGAUCCGGUUCCGGAACCCCCACCGCCGCCGAAAGCUCCCGCACCGAACGUGGGUAUCUCAGGUUCGGGGAUACUGAGACAACCCGGUACCCCGGGGAGCGCUAAAAAGAGGGUCCAGAUACAGGAGAUAUCGGUGUGAAAUUUAUUUCCCUCCUUUUUAAAAGAAAACUGGGUAUACUUUUUUCCGUUUUUUCCCUCCCCCCUACUCUUUCUUAUUCCCUACGGCUGAUAUUCGAAAUGGUAACCUUUACGCACGAGGUAAUUAUGACUCAUUUGUAUGUUUUUCUUUCUCUCCAAAUUAUCAAAUAUUCAUUCGCCCGAUUAAAAUACAAUCCCCGAAAUUCACCUUUGAAACUCUUCUUUCUCUUCGUUUUUAUUCAUCUUUUAUUUCGUUUCUUUAUUCAUUUAGUUUAUUUUUUUUUUUCCCCGACGAGGGGCACGAGGAGGGGGGGAUGGAGUCUUCUUUCUUUGCGCUUGUUACUUUGACGUGGCGCUGAAACGAGCACCAACCCUUGCAGUUAAUAAUUAACCCACGGUGAAAAACAAACAGAGCUUCAAGGGCGCUGAAAUAACACGAUCUUUCUUUUUUCUUCUUUUUUUUUUCUACUUUUCGUUGCCAAACCGAGAGAGAAUGGGACUUGUUUUUUUUUUUUUUUUUUUUUCCAAACGUAAUAUAAAAAUCCUCAUACCUCUGUUCGUUUUUUUUUGCAAUCCACUUUUUUCCCUCCGUCCUCCCACUGCGUGUGAUUUAUUAAUCGAGGGGGAAAUUUUUCGCGAGUCUUGUUCGAGGAACGAUUAUUAAUAUAGUCAAGGGGGCCUGGAAUUUUUUUCGGACAGAGACGGUUUGUGGUGUUAUAACCAAAAAAAAAAAAACAAAACAAAAGAAAAAGGGAAAAACAAAAACAAACAAAAUUACCAAAAAUUAAAUUUAGAAGAAAAAAAAAAAAAUGAAUAAUGACAAAAUUUAACAAGUGUUAUAAGUGUAAGUCAGUGACCGUCGAGCAAAACGUAUAGACACUGUGAUUAAAGAAUAAUAUAAAAGAGAACAAAAAAAGUGACAAGUUCCGUCUAGAUUGGUCGUGGGAUAUUUUUAUUCGAUUAUACAGAUUAUAAUAACGAUAAAUAGCUACGAGAUAGCUGCGAUGGUGUCUGCGGUGCCCAGUGAGCGUCAGCGUCACAUUGCAGUAUAUUAUACGUAAUUUGUUAUAUACUUUAUUACCGAAACUCUCAGAACCCCGCGAUCAAUUAUUAUUAUUAUUAUUAUUAUUGUAAAGAAAAAGACAGUAUUGAAGAAAAAAAAAUAAAAAAAAAGAAACAAGAGAAAAUUGAAUAAAAUAAUAAUCGAAACUUAAAUCAAACUGUUAAAUAAAGAGAAGUAAAUAGUAUAUAAUGAAGUAUACUGAAAUAAAUAAAUAAAUAAAUAAAUGAAUAAAUAAAUAAAAGUAACAGACGCUAAGUACCUCAGUAUAAAAACGAAGCCAAAGAAAUGAAAAAAAAAGAAAAAAAAAAAAGAAGUAAAGAAGCAAAAGAAUUACGUAAUUGUUGUUAUUAUAUAAUAAUAUAUUAUUACGAUUAUGAAUAAUGAUGAAUAUUAUAACUGAUAAGAUCCUUGAUUUAUAAAUAUUAUACACUUUACGUGCAGAUGACGCGUACGUAUGCCGAGCGACGAUGCAGGCGUUGAUAUUGUUGAAUCGCGCUAUACUCCGCGACGAUUACAAUGAUGUAAAUGAUCUGCAAGAUAAUUACGGUAUAUAAAGCGGAAUAAUUUUGUCGCCGCUACCGCGCCGCUGCACGCACAGUUGAUAAUAAUACAAGACGAUGGGGGCUGAGAGUUCGGAGUUAAAGUAGAUAAGCGUCCUAUAAUAUCUGCGAGAAUUAUAUUAAUAAUGAUAAAUGCAAAUAAAUUAAUAUGAUCGCGACAUUCAACUAUGAAUAUGACAAAUACAUCUAUCAAUGUUUCCAA